AUGCAGUUUUCCCCGAUUCUAUCGCUGCUUUUCACCUUCUUCACAGGUGGUUCUCCUGAAGGCUCAAUCAAAACCAAGAAAAGUUUGCAGCGGCUUCUGCUUACAGUCUUCUGGAGCAAGUCGGCCGGAAAGACGUCAGAGCCAUGCUUCCGGACUACCGGACGACGGACGCCGACGUUGGAAUGCGCUCGGUAUUCAUGGCGCUUCGAAAAAUGAGUUGAAAUGGGUUCAAUUCGAGAUUUUCCAAAAAAAAAGUUGAGAAAGUUGUUAGAAUGGUUGAAGUCAUGAGGAAUAAUUGCGACGUUCGAUCCGCUCAUUUGUAAAUUUUUUUAGUUUUCUUUCUCCGAAAGUGCUUCCAUUUUGAUUUUCAGGCUCAUACAAUUGGAACGUUCAGAGGAGAACCAAUUUUGACACGACAACGGGAUGCUUUCAUAGACGAUAAUGGGUAGGUGGGCCUUCGAGUUCAGGGAUCUCAUCAGUGAGAAAAAUAUACUUUUGUAUAGUCAAUGUUUCCCGACUUGAAAGGCGAAGGGGCAAGGGGCGGGACGCGUAGCGUGUGCGUUCGCGGUUCUUGGCCCGAGUUCAAUUCAAUUGUCGCCGACUAUUUAAAAAGCUCGGUAACCGCUCUUUUUCAAUGUUUUCUACUAUUUUUUGAUGAACUCAUGAACAUAAUCAAUAAAUAAUUGAAAAAGGAAUGAAAAGAGCGAAAAACAGGAUUUCCAAAGAGUCGAUGGCGGUUAAAUUGAGCUCGUGCCAAGAACCGCGUACGCACACGCUACGCGUUCCGCCCCCUGCUCCGCCUCCCUCGCCUUUCAAGUCGGGAAACAUUGACUAUAAUAGAUGAUUCGAAAGGCUCUAGACGACAUCGAAGAUAUUUUCAGAGUCCCGAUUCCGUUGCUACCGUACGCCAACUUCCACACUCACGGCAACAACCAGGUGCCUCUCUCGAGCAUCGAAUCUUCUGCUGCGCGAGCUCGAUCCGCUCUCCUCACGUCUUCCUCGCCGCUCCUCAGAGCACUUUAA